ACCCAGAGAGCGCAUCAGUCUCAGGACGAGCUCGGGUGUCGAUGCAAAUGUUUACCGGACGGUUCCGGUCCCCCGUUUCAUUUUAGACACCAAAAACGACCAAACACAGAAGAGUUAGUUUGAGAAAAUAGGUUUUCGCCAUGGAGAGGAGGAUUUCUACGUUAAUUCUGCUCAGUCUGGCCUUGUCAGGUGUUGGCGCCCUCAAUGUUGUCAUCCCUCAACCUUUGUACGAGUACGCCCGGGGUGACAACAUCACGCUGCCCUGCACCUUUACACUCAAACCAGGCUCCACACCACCCCUAAUCUUCAUCUCAUGGUCUAUUGAGGGUGUAGCAGCUAAUGCUAAAGAGACCCAGAUCAUCUCCUAUUAUCACCCCAGUAAAAUUACUGACGUUAAAAAAGUAUACGAAGGCCGGGCGUCCAUGGAUGUAGACAUUAAUAGUGGAAAGGCUAACCUGAAGCUGAACAGCAUCACACUGGAGGACAACAAGAAUUUUGAGUGUAGACUCAAUGUCCCAGGUGAUGACGAGGGCAAGCCAGCCGCCAACACGCGUUUGGUGGUUCUAGUGGCUCCAUCUACACCCAUCUGUAAGAUCGAGGGAAAAGCAGAGUAUGGUCAGAACAUCAACCUGACCUGCAAGUCUGAGGAGGGUUCUCCGGCGCCCACGUACAAGUGGGACAGUCGGGAUGUACAGAACAUGCCUCGUGUUCGAGACCCCAGAACCACUGACAAGGGAGGCGUCCUGUCUCUGUUUAAUAUCUCCAAAGACACAUCAGGAUACUACACCUGCACCUCAAGCAACAAGAUCCGGUCUGCUACCUGCAACAUCACCCUAACGGUCAUGCCACCAUCCAUGAACAUCGGUUCCACUGCAGGAAUCAUUGCAGGAGUCGUCGCCGCCUUGGUCGCCCUCAUUGUCAUCAUCUACUGCUGUUGCUGCCGAAAGAAGAAAAAAGAUGAGGAAUAUGCCAUGGGAGUUCGCGAGGAGGAGUACCACGACGAGGAGCCAGAUAAAAAUGGCAAGAGGCCCCCAGCUGACAGGCAGGACAGCAAUCGUAGUUAUGAUGGUUCUGGUGAUCGACGUGAUCACUAUGAGGACAGGAGUGAGCGCAACUACGACCGCAGCGACUACGAUGAUCGGCGCAGCGACUACGACGACCGCCGCAGCGACUAUGACGAUCGGCGCAGCGACUACGACCGCCGCGAAAGGUACAGUGACCGCAAUGAGCGCUAUGACGACGACCGCCGCUAUGACGACGAGCGACGCUACGACCGCAGAGACCCUCGCUACGAUGAUGACGACCGCUAUGAUGAGCCCUACGACCGUGACGCUGACAGGCCACCAGUGCCCUCCAACCCAAAGCCAACAAGGAGAGACUAUGAUGACUAAGAUCUCAAACCACCAUCCUCUGUCGUAUCUCUGUCAGACUUCACCCCAAUGACAAGUUAACUCACACUCAAGGUGUUUCCUGUGGGUGUAGUUAUAAUUGGCUAUAAAGCACUGCUAUCAUCUUAAAGUUAAAAGGAAGCAUAAUCUGAUACUUUCUGACUUGUUUAUUAGGCCCCUUUCAGGCAUGUGCUCCUUUCCAUCAACCGGACGGCAUCUAAAUGCACCAGUUUUAUGUCUGAAUUAGCACCCUUAUUGUUUUUCUGUAAAUGUUCAGUCCAAAAUAGAGACGUUUCUGCGUCACUUUCAACACAGCAGAAGUCUGAACAGCAUGCUAUAGCAUCAACACAAUCAGUGUGCUUCCAGUUAGUUGUUUGUAGGAGUCUUUCCUCUGAGUUUAUCAAAUAACUAGAGCAACAAAUAGUAGCAGGAUGCAUAUUAGUGUUGCUAAAGCAAGAAGGAUGUAUGCAUUUAUGCAUCGAACAACAUAAGUAAUUUCAAUAAUUAGAUAUAAUCAUAAAUUAUCCUCUACAUGGACACAUGAUUGGUCAGGAUCUAAUUGCAGUUGAAUCAGUUGUUACGUCGGCAGAUUUAGAUUUAGUCCUUUUGUGCAUUCGUGCAUUAAUAUGCAUUAAUAAUGUCCCUCAGUGUACUGUCCAGUGUUGUGUGUAGGACAAAUAAUGUGGACGUACUAUGACUCUCUCCAUCACUGUCAUGGGUAUGUCUAAUGAAACCAUGAGCAACAUUAUUGGAAAAGCGUUCUGUGUUUGAAUGACAGAAUGCCGUCACUUUAGCAGACCGGUGAGGAUGGCAGUGUUAUGUGUCAUACGUCUGAAAAGGGCUUUACAUUAACAUACUGUAAGUGUGACUGAGAGGAGGAAGACAGAGUUCAUAUCAGUUUGGGAAAGGCAGGGAAACCCAUUACGGUGCCCACAAAUCCCAUCUGAUGUGUUUUUAGCAGGCAGUGGGUGAGUGGGGUCAGCAGGUACAGUCACUGUUUGGGGUAUAAACACUCCCCAGGGCAAAACCUACAUUAUACAUAAAUAAUAGGCACUGGAUAAACAUUUCAGAUUCCCCCCAAAAACCUAAUUUUCUUGAGAUUUCAAAAUAAUAUAUUUGUCUCAUACAUGACUAAUUAUAUUUGCUCAUAACAGCACAGUAUAUAGGGUAUUUGAUGCAAACAGCAGAGACAAAUUACACUGUAAACAUAGACUCUCUACAUUAGGUGUCUAUUGUUUUUUUCCAAGGUCAAUACUGAUACAGAUUGUUAGUUAUCAAGGAGAGCGUUAACUGAUAUUUGUAACCAUAAAUUUACAGUAAAAAUUGCAAUCUCCAUGCCAAACUUUUGAAGAACACAAACUCUACUGCAAAACUUUAUCUAAAUGCCUUUGUUUGUUUAUGCUUUACAACUGUCUAGUUAAAUGAGUACUUUUUACCAUCAGACAGUGCUGUGGGCAGAAUAAUACAGCAGGAAACAGGGUGGUGACUACACUUAGCGGAGUAGUUGCAUCACAGUAGUGUGUUUUUAAAGGAUUAUAUAAGGAAAAAGUAAAAAAAAAUAUGAAAACAAGUAAAAUGCUCAACAUUGAAUCCAGUAAUCUGCCUCUUGAUAUGCUACGCUGUAUGUGUCAUUUUUAUAUUUUCUUCAUCAGUAAAUAGUUCAUUCUCUGCUAACUGAAAAUCUAACAUUCUUUAUUAUCAUGUACUUGAUCUCUUUUUAGUGAUAUACAGCAGACAGGAUUUUUACUUUGUGUAUAAGGGCCAUGUCUGACUUGUGAAAUGUGUGUAAUAUAACGUUACAGCAGCUCAGUCUGGUUUGGUCACAUUUUAAAGCGACUGAAUGUUUGACACUGAGACAAAACAUGCGACUCUUGUGGUGCCAAAUGUGUGGGAGUGAGCUAUGUAACCCAGAAAUUAGGUCCUUGAGUGUUUAAAUCCAUGUCUGGCCUGUUUCUGUCUGUUUUUGUGAUUGUCCAGAUUUAACAUACUUUCUGCUGUUGGGUUUAGCUAGUAGUAGGUUUAGUAUUUUCAGUUUUUUUUUGCAAAGCUAUACCUCCACCUCCAAUGUAAAAGUCUUUAGCUUUGGGUUAUUCUUUACAUUUACUGAGAUUGUUUUCGUAUACAGAGUUGGAUACUGCGUGUUCUUGUGCAGAAACAAAAGCAUUGUUCCACUCGCUAUUGAGCGGUUUCAACUUUUUUUUGUCACCACAAUAUUAUAAAAUGCUUUUAUGGUCAUUGCACAAGUACAAUGUAAUUGGAUAGCAAAAAAAAGUAGAACUAGAACUUCCAUUAAUUGUUGGGCUUGAUAAUGUUACCACUGAUGUCUUUUUUUUUAAACUUUUAACAUGCAUGUAAUCUCCUUUUGCAAUGUCACUUCAAAAAUGUUUAUGUUGAAUUAUUACACAGAAGUGUGCUGUACAUAUAUGCUAUUUUAUCAAGCAGUGGCAAUGUCAGGAAAUUUUUAUAUUGGGAUUUAUCGAAAUGUUCUGUAUUAUGGAACAUAUUGAAUUGAUUUGACUUGUAUGAAAAAUGCUGUAAAAGCAAAGGUAAUGAAAUAAAACGAGCAUUACAACA